UCUUUCGGAAAAGCUCAAGAUAAUUUUAUCUAUUGCUACAGGCAUGCAGUAUAUCAUAAGACACAAAAUGUGCAUUUUUAGGAUCUUGCUUGUAUGUUUUUAUUUGUUAGUAGUUCUUGGUGUAAUUCUUGUAGCAAAUGCACACGCUCAAAAAAAGUUGGGUUUUGCGUCUGCCAAUUCAAGCUUUAGAAUUGCGAUUUUUGCAGAUUUACAUUAUGGCGAAAAUGCAUGGACAGAUUGGGGUCCCCUGCAAGACCAGAAGUCCAGUAAGGUUAUGGCCACUGUUCUAGACAAAGAAAGCCCAGAUUUUGUGGUUUAUCUUGGAGAUGUUGUCACAGCCAACAAUUUGCCUAUCAGGAAUGCAACCAAGUACUGGGAGCAGGCCAUUUCACCCACUAAGAGCAGGAACAUUCCUUGGGCUUCUGUGUUUGGUAACCAUGAUGACAUGGCAUUUGAAUGGCCUGAUGAAUGGUUUGGAAGCUUGGGAUUGCCAAGCAUUCAGUGUCCACAUUCUUCUUUGGCAACAGGAGUUGAACAAAUGACUGACUGCUAUUUCCAAGGGACAUCCCGUGUUGACAUGUUGAAGAUGGAUGCGCAACAAAGUUUGUCUCACUCAUCAUUUGGACCUAAAAGUCUUUGGCCCAGCGUAUCGAACUAUUAUCUUGAGAUCGCUUCUUAUAAGUAUUCUAAAUCACCAGCAGCCUUGUUAUACUUCCUAGAUUCAGGUGGUGGUUCUUACCCUGAAGUAAUUUCAAAAAAUCAAGCAAAAUGGUUCCAACAAACAGCAGCCCAAAAAAACCCUAAUUCAAGGAUUCCGGAAAUUGUCUUUUGGCAUAUUCCUAGUCAAGCCUAUAAAGAAAUUGCCCCUCGUGUUGGCACUCCAAUCAAGGAUCCAUGUGUUGGUUCAAUAAAUCUUGAGCGAGUUGAUUCCCAAACAGCUGAAUGGGGAAUUAUGGAUAUCUUGACAAAUAGAACAUCAGUUAAGGCUGUAUUUGUUGGUCAUAACCAUGGUUUGGAUUGGUGCUGCCCAUGUAAGAACCUUUGGCUUUGUUUUGCUCGGCAUACUGGUUAUGGAGGUUAUGGCAGUUGGCCAAGAGGAGCUAGGAUUUUGGAGCUUGUUGAAGGAAAUUCUGAACUUAAGUCAUGGAUUAGAAUGGAGGAUGGAACAACCCAUAGUCACAUGACAAUAACUUCGGCAUGAAAGCUUGAUAUAAAUUCCAGCUAGGUUGAUAUGAAUUAGCUUAGACUUCGAUUUGUUUGCUAUUUCGUCUAAAAAGAUCAUUGUCAUAUGAUUUCAUUGUAUAUAAAACAAAUAUUUUUCAGAGUGGUUCUUGCAUCUUGCAUAUUGAACCAAAGACAAUUAUGUCUUGCAAGUUGAAAGAACUCAACGCACACCAUGACUUGCAGAGUUUGGAGGAAAUUAACUAUAACAUAAUGAAACUUUACCAACAAAUAUAAACCAAUACAGAUGCAUCUAAGCACAGAUUCAACAUCUGAUAGAUAUCCAGAAGACUCAAGGUGCCAAUCCCUAUGUCUGACACCUAUUUGGGAUGAAAUUUUUGGGAGUUAUGUCAUGUUACCCAUAUAUUUAACCCUAGUAAAUUUUCAGCAUUUGAUGUCACACUUUAUCCUUGGUGCAUUAUAAGUAUCAGCACAGUUAGGCAGAAGUCGCAAGGAGGGGUAUGCUGCAGCUAUUUUUUCCUGCUGGUGGUUCCAUUUAACCUUUUUGCAAAGUUCAAAAUUGCAAAAAUAGAAUCUUUCCCUAUAUGCAGAGUGACACUUCACCAGAAAGGGAAAUUUGAGUGGUGGGUAACUUGUUGGGGUUAAGAAAUUCGUAGUGCUCCUGGAUGUAUUUCAGGAGAACUUUACACUAAAUGACAGAUAUAUGGAAUUUAAAUAGUUUAAGUUUUGAGACUAUUUGCUAGCAGUGUAGCAAAAUAGAUGUGUUCAUCCACAGGACUAUUUUUUAGAGAAGAGCUUGUCGAUUUUCUCUGUAUCACUUGUGCAGAAAAUACUGGAAUAAUCGAAGGGUUGUAGUUCAAUUGGUGAGUAUGAUGGUAUGUUCCUUGAUUACAUUAUCUACUUAAGUUCAAAUUCUGCUGAGGUGCAGUUGUGCUAGGUUUAUCUCCUCGAUGAUCUCCACAGAUUGAAACUUGAUACUCAUGGCACUUUAGCUAAUAAAGGAUAUCUUUUUGUUUUGA